AGUCUAGGCUGCCUCUUUCGACUUCAGCAGACCUGGUCAGGAGCUGAGCAGACAGACAGGCAGGCCAUUGCCAGACCGGGCAGCCAGUGACCAUGGCCCUCAGAGUUGUCCCAACCCAGCGCAUCUGCUAUUGCUUCAAUGUCAGGAUUGCCACCACGGCCCUGGGCAUCUACCAUGUGGUCAUGAGUGUGCUGCUUCUCAUUGAGCACUCAGUGGAGGUAGCCACCGGCAAAGGAUACUGCAAAAUCCUACAGACGUCCUACUACAAGAUUGCGGACAUCGCCUCCAGCUUCCUGCUCAUCGUCAUGCUCUUUAUCAUCAGUGUGAGCUUGCUCUAUGGCGUACUCAAGAACCGGGAGCGACAUCUUUUGCCCUUCCUGUCUCUGCAAAUCAUGGAUUUUCUCCUGUGUCUUCUCACACUGCUGGGCUCUUAUAUCGAACUCCCUGCCUAUCUGAAGUUUGGUUCCCGGAGACGGAUGAAAGGGCCCUUCAAAGUCCCCCUCAUGGCUCUGCAGUUGCUGGAUUUCUGUCUCAGCAUCCUGACCCUCUGCAGCUCCUACAUGGAGGUCCCUACCUACCUCAACUUUAAGUCCAUGAACCAUAUGAAUUAUCUCCCAAGUCAAGAAGGCAUAACUCAAGACCAAUUUGUCAAGCUGAUGAUUGGAUUCUCCAUUGCAUUCAUCAUUGUCCUUAUCUUGAAGGUCUACAUGUUCAAAUGUGUUUGGAGAUGCUACAAGUACAUAAAAUCCCUAAAUAGGGCUGAGGACAAAGCCAAUACCAAGAUCUUCCAGAAGGUGCUCCUGCCCACCUACGAGGAAGCUGUGGCGAUGCCUCCCAAGGAGCUGGCCCCGCCCCCCUACUCGGCUGUGUGAGCCACAUCGCUCCCUCCUUCCCUCGGCCAGGUUGCUGCAGAUGCUUCUUUUUGCUUUAAGUGGCCCCCAGUUACUGUCUGGCUUCCUCCCAGAUGUGUUUGUUUUCCUACCAACCCCAGCAGAACUCUGGUCUCUUUCACCCCUUCAGAGUCUGUAACUGAUAUCCACCAGGAGGAGGAACAGUUGUGGCUGAUGCUAGAGGGGACCUUUCAUAUCAUCUGGUCCAAACCCUCUUGUUUUAAGGAUGAGGAAUCUCGGGCCCAGAAAAGGAAAGUGACGUUCCCAAAGUUGUACAGAUAGUGAAUGGUGGAGCUGGGAUUAUGACCCAGAUCCUUUGACUCUAAAUUCAGCGUUCCAUCGGCAUGGUGCCGUGCUGCCUCCUAGGUGAAUCCAUUGGACAAUUUGGUUGAUAACUGAAUGAGUCAGGUCAGCCCCACGAUGCUUAAUUCGGUCAAACAGCUUUCAAUGCAGUCAAACUGUAGUGAAUGAGUCAACCAACGGCCGAGCCCUGAAAUUCAUCUGUUUUGCUGCUUCACUGAAUGCUUGGGGCAGUGUCCUCACCAUAAUUUCAGUGGUUGUGGGGUCUGGAAGGCUCUGGACCAGAAUCAUGCCCCCUCCUCCCUUCAGAAUCACUUCCCUGUUGGCUACUGCUUCUGAUGGAGGUUCUAGAGACCUGGGUGCCGACCCCUCUGAUGGAGCCUGAGAGGUGGGCUAGGUAUGGGGAGCCCAGGUGAGCUGGGCCUGGGUGGAGGGCAAAAGGCUGGGUGGGCCAGGCUUCUGGGCCGGGUAUAGUUGCUUUCCAUAUGUAACAGGGAAGAGCUUCAUUAAAAUUGCAUUAAAGCUUUCUC